AUGGACCUGCCCAAACACCCAGUAGACGACGAUUCUGAAUAUGAAUACGAUGAGACCGAGACAGAGACCUUCUUCGUGGAUAUUGAUCUCUCGUCCUUGAACUCUAACAUCAAGUCCAACCCCUCCGCACCUCCCAAGCCCGUGACACCGGCCAAAAGAAAAAGACCCAAUUCCAGUCCUCCCACGCCUGGCCCUGGUCCGGAUGAGCCCGGUGCUGGUGCUGAAGCUGCAGAUUCUGCUGCAGCAGGCGAAGGCCGUGGCUCGACGCAGGAACCGCAGGAACUGCACGAGACACCUUCCCAGAAUGGAGAGGACAUUGGCGAGGAUGCAGACGCACAUCUGCCCUCCCCCUCACGUGUGCAGAUUCUUGAUUUGGCCACGGUCAACCCCAUCAUCUCCUAUCAAGGCCAGGUGUACAGCUGCAUGUGGGCCGAUAUGGUGGGUACAAAUAUGUUCUUCACUCACCCAGGCAUGUUGGAUGCCGCCGAAGUUCUACGUUCAACCGACGACUACGAUCUGAUAGGCGUGUCACGCAUAAAGCUGGUCGGUCACACGGCCAAAAUGUUGAAGAAAGAGAAACCAACGAAAGAAGCGCGGACGGAUGAUCAACUUGUCAGUAAUGGCCAAGCGGGGGUGAGCGGCGAGGUCUCAGAAGCCCGACAUGGCCAAGACCAGACGAAGAAACAGGCCUCGUUCCUGGAGAAGCUGAUACAAGUCAAGCGGCAGCGCGGUGAAUCAGAUAUCGUCCGCACAUUCGUGGAUGAAAAGACUGCGGCGCUCAACGUUGCACGGGUGCAUGAAUCACAUCGUGACGAAAUUCAAGACCUGAAUGUUCAAGUGCUUGGGGGAAAUCCAGACGCUCUCGUAAGGUUGCAACAAAUCUAUUCUCAAUCUGAUGGCAAGGCCUCUCAGAUGCAAGAGUCUUCUGAGAGACCUGUGGAGGCCCACGAUGAGGCCGACAUAACUAUAUAA